AUGGCCUCCAUUUCUCUUCCCCCACCGCAGCACCGGUCGGGCUUCUCGCAACACCUGGACUUCCCUCCGCCUCCAAUGAAUCCCGACCACUCGCGGCGCCUGACCAUGCCUGCUCCAUUGCCAAAUCCACCUUUUGUUUUUCCUGCACGCGACCCCGACCAUUCCUCUUCUCAGUCGACGCCGACACAACGUCGAACCCCGGCGGCACUCCCGGCUUUCUCCUUCAACCCAGGCGCGAGCAGUGCUUCCUUACAACCGCCGCCGGCCUUGGCUCCAGUUCCUCGGUCGGCUGGGCAUCGACGACGACACAGCGAAUUUGUCGGAAGCGAUCAACUCAUCACCCCAGGAAACGCAGAGUCCUUGCAGAAACAGGAAGAAUCGGCCACACCUGCCUCUGUUCCACUACUAACGGGACCACCAUCGGGACGGGGGCCCGGACGACGGCACCAUGCCCAUCGCCGAUCUGCAGCAAUCUCCGGAGUGGAUCUGUUGGCCAUUAACAAAGCGCUGAACACCAACCCAGCCGCAAGCGCACCGACGUUACCUGGAAACGCCUCGUUUGACGACUCCCCUUCGCGGCCUCUUUCAUACUCUGCCACGAGCCUUGGUCGUCCGACACCGCCAGCGUCGCCAAGAUUUCCGCCCGAGAUGUCCGUGCCUCCAGUGCCCCCAAUUCCAGCGGCAAUCCGCCUUGAACAUGCCCCUCCCUGCGUGAACGAGGACAACGGCCGACCAAUCUCUGCCGUAUCCCACCAAGCGUCCCCGAGUGCCCAAUUCGUCAAGUUUCACCAACAGCCGGAACCCUCAACACCCACACCCCAAGCCCCCAAUCGCGAGUCGAAGCAACGGCCGAAAACCGCCGAUGCGUUCAUGGCGUUUGAUUCUGCACAGAGCAAAAGAACCCCUGAGGUUUCUUCCGUGAAGCGCUCCAAAUCGACCGGUCACUCCCGCUUUAAGAAAAAUCGAUCCAUGGGCAAUCUCGAUACAGCUCUUGCGGUGCAUGGGGCGGACGACGGCCAUUCCACAUGCACGUCUCGCCCUUCGUAUUCGGAUGAUGGUUCUGACAUGAGUGACACCGACGAUGAGGGUGCUUCCCCUUCGGCCAAAAAGGCUCGCUCAAAGGCGAAGAAGAAGCAAAAGCGCAUCCGUUCUUGGGCCGGGGGAAUCCUGACCCGGAAAGUCAAGCGCCAUGGGAAAGCCGAUGCGGAUCUGAAAUCUGAGAAGAAGGGUAAACCCCCAGCGCUGACCCCGCCAACUCUGACCCGCACCAACUCCGAAGUCGGGUCGAUGCUGGAGGUUGAUUUUGAUAAUGACGAUGUUGUUGUACUUCGCACCCCGACCAACACUGAUGCUCCCGUCUCGGCGGCGGAACGCGCCAAAGACGAAUCACCUGCUCCGCUCCCCUCGCUGGAAACUGCCUGGAAACCUCGUAGUUUCUACGAACAGAAUGUUGAAUCCCAUGAGGACACCCUGACCAGUCCCAUCAUUGAUUUGGACGCCGCGCUCGGUCCAUUCAACACCCCCGGUGAUAAUCGCCAGCCUCGGGGCACACCAAGCAAAUUCCAUUUGGCCACUCAGCGGAUGUACAGCGGUGGUCGGCGGGGCGAGUUUGUGGGACCAGAAAUGCGUUAUCACCGGCGCACCGAAAGCGCUCCAGUCAUGCCUCCAUUUGACCGGAGCGCUCUUGGCGCAGUCCGUCUCACCGGCCCAUCGGCCAUGGACACCCCUGAUGUCUUUUACGAAGAGGACGAGGAUGCCUUCCUGGCCGCCAACCAAUCUCCAAAGUCCGAAUUGGCCUCGUCGGCUCCUGUUCAGAGCGCCAUGCCCGAGGCGCUCGACAAUGCCUCCUCUCCCGUCGAAGACGAUCCCCAAUCCGACAUGAGCGAGGACUCGGCCGAGACCAUGACCCAGGCUUCUGAACCUGCGGCUCUGAAGCCGACCGGGUUGGGGAUCCAGGCAGAUGAGCAACUGUCCAACGAGAUCGAGGUGCACUUGUCGGGUUCUGCUGCGGAUGAGAUUGCCGCAAGCACCAUGCAUGCUGCUCCCAAUCCCUUCUCGGUGCAACCGCGCACCCCCGUGGAUAUUGCGCAAUCUGAAGAGUGCACAAUAGACGCAAUGUGCCCUCCUAGCCCCGAAAUGUCUCCGCGGUUUCUGUCCAUCGACAAGCGCCCGGCCACAUCUCCGCAGGAAUUGCUCCAGGGUGUCCCACCUUUGUCGCUCUCUGCGGGAGUGUCGCCGUCCGAGUGUUCUUUCCCGUCGCCCGAUGUGGCACGAUUCAAUGAUCGCGCCUUCUCCUCUCACUCCUACCAUCACCUCCCAUCGGAGUAUCCCUAUGCUUCGGUCGAUGAUGUGCCUUCUCUUACCAGUAGUGCAUCCACGAUGACCGGUACCAUGCAUCGUUUCUCUGGCACCUUUCUCCCUCGAGUACGAUUGUCCACUGAUCGAGCCGCAUCGUUCUCUGCCGCAGUCCACCGACGGAGCAGUCAAGCCAACAGUUCUAAACGCUCUAGCUUGGUCAGCCUGUCCAAACUCGUCGGUGGAUCUCAUUCUGAGCGCAGUAAACUGUCUCAAGAAGAGAAACCCCCGGGAGACCCUCCCGAGAAGAUCAAAAAGAAGCACCGCAUCAGUCGUUUGAUGCAUUUUUGGAAGGUGAAGGACAAGGAGAAACAUACUGUCCCGGUCGUGUCUUCCGAUCGGUCUAUUCAAGAGUAG